UGUGAAGUGUGUGGCGCUUGCUUCGCCUCUGUCGAUUUUAAGACUGUUCCAUCUUACCGAAAUAUAUACCCUAACCCCAAACAACAGCGAAGUUUUUAAAUUUGAGGUCUUGACAUAAACUAAGCGUGCUCAUUUCAUUGCCUCGAUAACAAACCACGCCCGCAUGCUGUCGAAACAGUGCUUCCUGUCGCAUAAAUGACGUAUGCGCGUUUUCUGAGGCUCCUGUAGUUUGCAAGAGAAAAGGACAGUUGUUCAUCAAAAUGGUGCGUAAUUGUGCGUACCCUGGCUGCCUAAACCUAUUUAAAAAAAUAAGAUUACGUUCGCAACCACGAUCUGAACGGGAAAGAUUGACUUUUCACCGAUUCCCAACCUUUGAUCCAUAUCGACUGGAAUCAUGGUUACUUGCUCUACAGCUGGAUACAAACACACCAAUGAGAAAGUUGAAAGCAUGGAGGAUCUGCAGUGAUCAUUUUAGCCCUGAUGAUUUCAGAGUCACCCUAGGGGGUCAAAUAUGGCUGAAAUCAACAGCUGUACCAAUAGUUUAUUCAGGAAGUGAGCAUACUCAAGAUGAUUCAUCUGAACUACAAAGCUGCAAAGAGGAAAACAUUGAUGAAGAGACAAGUUCACAAGGUGCAGGAAUUGCAUUGGAAGAUGUUGGACAGUCAACACUCGAGCAACAAAUGAACAUUGCUGUUGAAACAGCUCUUGCACAACAAGCGAAAUUGCAUAAAAAAUAUUUUCUCCUAUUACGUAAUCCACAGUUGUUAAAGUAUGGGCCAUAUUUUCCUCUUCCAUCUGUGCAGACUUAUAAUUCAGAUGAACCAAGUAUGGACCAUGAAGAGGAGUCUGAUGGCCUUGACCUACAUGUCAACAUACCGUCAUCAGAUCCACCAUCUCAAAUGGAUGCUAGCUUUUUUCCACCUAGUUCCACUUCUGACUCAACUAUGACAACUAAAACCGAAAAAGAGGAUGAUGAACAGUCAUGUAUAAAAAGGAAAUGGACUACAGAUGAGUCGACUGUGAUGAGACUGUUUCGAAGAUGUCAAGAAUGUGGUGCAUUAAUUACCAAAACAAAACAAGUUGAAUCUGGGAGCCUCAUCACUGUUUAUUGGGAAUGUGAACGAAGGCAUAAGGGGCAGGGGAAGUUUUCUCUUCACUGAGAAAUAAUUUUUGUCAUAGUUUUUUAUCAGCAACAUUUCAUUUACAUUUGACAUUCAUGCAUUUGGCAAAUGCUUUUAUACAAAUGCGUGAUUUGAGAUUGUGAACUAAACUCAACAUACAAUAAAAGCCAAAAGAAUGUCCUGUAUUUGAUAUAAAAAAAGUAAAUUAUAAGAUUGAUUGACAUGCGAGAAUAAAUAGAUUUCACUUUUUACCCAGGUGAAGUA